AUGGCAGUCACAGCCGUCACGACUGAUUUGCUGCGCUCGUGCAUCAAGGUAGAAGGAGGAUCACCUGAAAAACUAGAGGAAAGAAAGAGGACAAUGCCUUUGAGUACUGUGACAUGCCUAAUCUUCUCCUUCAAGUGUCAGCGAUCAAUCAAUUGGUUGCAUGGACUUGGGUCUUUAACCAAACUCUAUCUCGAUAACAACGACAUUUCUAAAAUUGAAAAUCUUUCUCACCUGGCAACUUUGAAACUGCUGGAUUUGUCCUUCAAUAAAAUAAAAAGCAUAGGUGGUCUUGAGACUCUAACAAACCUGGAAGAUUUGUCACUAUAUCACAACGAAAUUGAGAAAAUCACAGGCCUUGACACACUACAAAAGAUCACGUCCUUUUCUCUUGGCAAAAACAGAAUAAGGCGUCUGGAAGACGUAAUUCCGCUUCGCCGCUUAAGAAAUCUCCACGUGCUGACUCUCGAUGGAAAUCCUCUUGCUACGGAUCCCGAAUACAGGAUCUAUGUUAUUUCCCACCUGAGAGAUUUGACAUAUUUUGAUCAUAGAUAUGUAGACAGAGCUGCAGUAAAUAUUUCCCUUCCAGUGACUUGUCUUAUAUUAAUCCAGCAGGUGGUAGCCGCUAGGGAUCAAUACCAAGAUGACAUGACAGAUUUAAAACAAAAAGAAGCUGAGGAAGAUCUUCUUAUUAAGGCAGCUGAAGAGCAUGCAACUCGACAAGCACUUUACAAAGUAUACAUCACAUUAAUACUAGGAUCUCACUUCGAAAAUGUGCAGGAUGCUAACCUGCUAGGAUGUGACACCCUCUUCGAGAGAAUGAUUUCGGAAGAUGUAGAGUACCCCAAACUUAGCCAAGUUCCUGGUCUCCUAGCUUCUAUGGACGAGUAUUUCCGUCUGGUUUCUCCUCAUGUCGAUUUUGACAUUCUUGCAGAGGUUCGUUUGAACUCCAGCACAGCAGACAAAAAGCUGGCGCUUCUUAGAGAAGACAACGACCGGACUAGGGAGAAGUUGUUGGAGCUUGAAAUGUUCACCUUUGGUGAAGUUCAUUUAAUGGCGCAGGCUUCACUUCUUAUGGAACAAUUUUCACUAGGGGAACUUGAAGUCGACUCAGAUGAAGGUCGCAUGGAAGACCAGAGAUUGCGUGGGGAAGAGGAAAUGCAAAAAGCAAUGAACAUAAGAUUUAGACAAGAAGAAAAUAAGAGAAAUCGGGAAAGGAUUGAAGAGAUUGACUUUCUUCAUCAGACUACAAUUGAUGAAAUUACCGAUCUUCUUGGAAACCUUGAAGUGGGGAAUGUUUGGCUUUGUCCGCAGACACCAAAUCCAAGUGAUGAUUGA